AUGCCACAUGCUGCUACGGGGCGAGAUGCCAACCUCAAUCGCCUGCUUACGGCUCAUAACCUGUGUGCCUUGAACACCUGGCAUGCCAGGCCGGCUCACACGCAUUACAGCCACACUGGCUACACACAAAUAGACUUUGUGAUCACCCGCAGGAUUACGGCCGGCCAAGCAAGCAAACUUGCCAAGCCCUUGGCAGAUUGUCCGGUUGCGGGGUGGAGACAAAGCGGCCACCUGCCCAUUCAGGCGGCUCUGUCCAUUGUGCCAGUGCAUUGGCGGGCCGACAUCAAAGGCCAGCAGCCCAUUGCUUUUGAUAAGACCGCCCUCCUAGAGGCUGUAAAUACGGGUUCCGAGCAGGUUGCUGUCAUGCAACAACAAGUGCAGGCUGAAGUGCUGAAGCUUCCUCCUGCAGAUUUGCACACACUGCAUGAGCGGAUCAACCGCCUCCUGUGCCAAGCUGUGAAGCAGGCCUUCCCUGCCAAGCGGGCGCCUGACGUCCGCAUCAGUGCCAAUGCCGGGUACCGAGCUUCUGCUCGGCAUGUCUGGAGCCUGUAUGCUGACAUGAAGCGAGCACGCAUAGCCACGGUAGGUCGUAUCCUGCAGCAGUGGCGGCGCACCACUCUCUUCGAGCAGGCCUCAAGGGCCCUCAGAGAGCAAAGCCGACAAAUCAAGCAAGCUGCCUUCCAGGAAAAGCUCCGGGUUGCGGAGGAGGCUGCCCAAGCAGGCGACCAAAGAACUUUGCAUGGCAUAGUUCGUUCCCUCACUCCAUCGCAUCGUAAGCUUUUCUCGCGCCUUAGAAAUGAUGACGGCAAACUGCUCUCCAAGGCGGAGGAAGCAAAGGCUUUGGCGGACCAAGGCCGAGCCACCUAUGCUCUGUUUCCGGAUCUGCCCCUCUCUGGGCCCAUGACUCAGGAACUACAGCCCAGCGAUGCAGAGGUAACUGCACAGUUCGCAGCCCUCAAGGCGGGUAAGGCGGUUCCAUCACACAUUGCUCCAGCAGCCAUUUGGAAAGUGUGUUCGGGUAUUUUAGGUCCUGUCUUCGGAGAGGCUUUCCGACAUCACUUCAAGAAGGGCUGCACUGGCCUUUUGUGUGGCGACCUCACCGAUGCCACUAUGGCGAUGUUACCAAAACCAAAUAAACCUGCCCAUAUCCUGGCCAAUUUGAGGCCAAUUGGACUCAUGGCUCCAACUUCGAAGGCCCUAGCCGGCAUCUUGAAGCUCCGUAUGAUGGAGUGGCAACUUCCGCUGCUGCGAAACAGGCCUCAAUACGCAUAUCUUCCCAACCGGGGAACUAUGGAUGCAUUGUUCCGCAUACACAAGCAUGUCAAGGAAGCCGUGGAGCUGUUUCGAAGUAGCCGUGUCACGCGGUUUGGGGUGUACCGAGGACAGAAGCCAAGGCCCUUCACAGGUGCCCUCAGCCUGUCACUCGACCUAAGUCGUGCCUUUGAUCUCACUGAUCGGCCGAAGCUUUUCCAAGCAUUGCGGGAUUACCAGGUCCCGACGGCUGUCAUUGAAGUUGCCCAUCGCCUGCACCAUGGCUCGCGAUUCCUGUAUCAGGCGGGCAGCUGUCGCUCAAACUUUGUGCCCACCAACGGCCUAAAACAGGGAUGUAAAGUGGCCCCGUGCCUUUGGAUUUGGUACACCUUAGCUUUAAUGGAUUCCCUCGACAAACAGCUUCCCGAGGGCUGGGUAGAAAACAUCCUUACUCUCUUCGCUGAUGAUUGCUGGGCUAGCUGGUUGCUGUAUUCUUUGGAGGAUCUCAAGCGGGCACUGCGGGAGCUCACCAUACUCCUCAGUACCCUUGAAAGCUUCAAGAUGCAGAUAAACUACAGCAAAACUGCAAUCCUGCUUAAGUUCGUGGGGAAACAGGCGAAGCAGGCUCUUUAUGACAUCACACGACUGAAGAAUGGCGAGCCACACCUUAGCCUCACGAUUGCAGGGGUUGAACGCCUCAUACCAAUCAAAAUGGAGCACGGUUAUCUUGGAUCUAGGGUCUCGUACCAUAGUCCACAGGAGGCCAACCUGAGCCAUCGCAUCCAAAGGGGUCAGCACAAAUAUCAUGCCAUACAGCGCACCCUCACCGGCCGCCACGUCGUGACGGCACACCAUCGCAUCAGACUUUGGGAUGCUUGUGUGAAUACCAGUCUCAUGUACUCCCUGCCUGCGGUAGGGCUUACUGAGCCGGGCCUUCGAAAGCUUGAGACUCGGACCCUCAAACAUUUGCGGGCCACCCUGCGGCUACCGGCACAUCUCACGAAGACUGCUAAUGCCGAAAUAUGGACCAGAGCAAGUCUUGAUCCCCCUGGACAGCGCAUCCUGCAGGCAUUGUCUUCCUUCCGGGGCAAGCUGGAGGCCAAGGAACGAUCAGCUCCGGACAUCACCACUGAACCGAGCCUUCUUGCUCACGUUCGGCGAGAGGAGCAGCGACUCCGGCACAUGCUGUCGGCCCGCGAUUCGCGUGAAGCUUCGCGCUCCAGCCCUGAGCACACUGAGUCGUGGCCCUGUGAGCACUGUGCUUAUGCCUGCCACAUUGCAGGCUGUGCGGGCGGCAGUUCCGAAAGUGGCAAAACCUUCGACAUCAUAUCGAAGGAGGCACAUGCGAGCGACUCGGUUGAAGUGAAGCCGUCUCCACCAGAGCAGGAGAAACCUCCUACCGUUGCAGAGGCGGAGCCACAAAAUACACCGCUCGUUCGGUACCGGAUGACGGGACCCAGCUUGAAUCCGGAGGCGGAGAUCUUCCGGCACUGCCUCCCGAUGGUGGGGGUACAGGGUUCGCAGGGCUCACAGGGAGCUCAAGGUGCUCAGAGCGCUCAAUCGGCGAAAUCCGAGCCCACCAACAAGAGGCAUCGUCCGGAUCCGCAGCAACGCCGCGGCCAAAGGCGACCAUACGCAGCUUUUUCUCAGUACGCCCAGGAACAACAUCCAAGCGAACCGGUGCAGCUCCUGGCCAAGAUGAUCAUGCGACAGGAGGAAAUCAUCGCCGAGCUUCGCAUGGACAAGGCCCUGAUGCUUUACUUCCGCGAGGACGAGAUCAGCAUCCUACCGGGUUUGUACCGGGUGGCUACCGAAUGGAGCAAACAACAGGAGGAGGGCACGAUCCAGACCACUUCCCCCAUUCGGACAUUGCUGCUAGCUUGCCUCAUCCAGCAACUUCGGGAUCGGGUGGCUCACAUGACGGCGGAUGCCGAGGGCGUCUCCAAGCUACAGGCAGCGGGAUGGAUGAAUACGGACAAACAUUGGACCAGGCAGCGCUGGUGCCAUCAGGCCAAAAAGUUGGUUCAGCACCCGGAGGAUGGAGUGAUGACCCAGCAGGACCUCCUGUCGAACCUCGACUUCCUGCUCAUCAACCUGAAGGGCGAUGUGAUUCACAAGUUCCACUCCACGAAGCGCCUCCAGGCAUUGCAGGAAGAACAGGCGACGACUGCUGCUUUCUUUCUCUCAGUGAGUCUCCGGGGCGACCUCGCAACCAAAGUGCACGAGACGUUCGCGAACCUCAUCGGGGUCUCGGCUCUGCAGCUGGUGGGAGUGUCCAUGAAAAGGAUCACGAUGAAGCGGUCGCAGAUGGCACAGCAGGUGGCUCGCCUGGCGUACGGGCGCUAG